AUGAAAGUACUUAUAAUCUACUUCCAGCAGAUCCUGGUAUUUCUACGGAAUGUGAUCAAGGAAAGAUGUCCUCGGUGUGUGGUGGUCGCUGUGGCCAUUACGGCUAUAUAUUUCCUUCACUGUUUAAUGGAAGGAUACAUCAGUCACACAGUUCCUCAUUUUUUGAUCAUAUUUUUCCUAGCUGUAUUAACGGAAAGAUUCAUCAGACACAGAACUCUCCGUUCUUUGAUCAUAUUUUUCCUAGCUGUAUUACCGAUCAAAAUGGGAAGUACACAUACCACCGUACUGGAAAUUUUGUCUAGAUGGGCUUACAGCAGGACAGAUGAGUUCAUGAGAACAUUUUGGCUAAUUCAUGAAAACUCGGGUAUCAGUGGCCUUAUUACCUUCGUUGGAAUUUUGAAGUGGCUCAACGACAUCUACCUUGUAAGUAUCAUGACAGUUGACUCGUCACUUACCAAGCAUUACUGUCUCUAGGCAAUUGGUCAAAUUAAAGAAAAAUGUAGUUCAGUCUGCAAGGUCAA